UGAGGCACCAGUAUUCCUUUCUCUUCUAGGCCAGCGGGCCCCUAAAUCCUCUUGGGGCUGAUGCGGGGAGGGUAGCUCAGGCGGCGCGGAUUGACAACCAGAUCAUGAGAGGGCGGAACUGAUUGCGCGCGGUGCUGCGGCCCUCCGGACCUUAGCUACUGAGGCACCCGCUGGUCCGGAAGGAGCUGACGUGAGCUGGGACCCCGGCAGCCAUACCGCUUUGCAAUUCGGCCUCAGAAAGUGUAGGGCGGCUCCGAGGAGGGAAUUGUGUUCACUCCAGUCUCAGAUCCUGUAAGAUUUGGAUAUGUCCUUCAUAUUCGAUUGGAUUUACAGUGGGUUCAGCAGUGUACUACAAUUUUUAGGAUUAUAUAAGAAAACCGGUAAAUUGGUAUUUCUUGGAUUGGAUAAUGCUGGAAAAACAACAUUGCUACACAUGCUAAAAGAUGACAGACUUGGACAACAUGUCCCAACAUUACAUCCCACUUCAGAAGAACUGACUAUUGCUGGCAUGACUUUUACAACUUUUGAUCUGGGUGGACAUGUUCAAGCCCGAAGAGUAUGGAAAAACUACCUUCCUGCUAUCAAUGGCAUUGUAUUUCUUGUGGAUUGUGCAGACCAUGAAAGACUGUUAGAAUCAAAAGAAGAACUUGAUUCAUUAAUGACAGAUGAAACUAUUGCUAAUGUGCCUAUACUGAUUCUUGGGAAUAAAAUUGACAGACCUGAAGCCAUCAGUGAAGAGAGAUUACGAGAAAUGUUUGGUUUAUAUGGUCAGACAACAGGAAAGGGCAGUGUAUCUCUGAAAGAACUGAAUGCCCGACCUUUAGAAGUUUUCAUGUGCAGUGUGCUCAAAAGACAAGGUUAUGGAGAAGGCUUCCGCUGGAUGGCACAGUACAUUGAUUAACAUCAACAUCAACCCACCUCAGCUCCAGGUCUCGACAUUCAGGCCUACUCAGAGAUUUGAUCACUCAACAUGCAUAACUUGAAUUCAAUAGACUUUUGUUGGAUUUAAAAUAGUUGUUUUUUAAUUAUUAAUAUUAUAUCAACUUAAUUUGAGUGAGAAUUGAAAACUGAUUCAAGUAAGUUUGAAUAUCCCAAUGUUUGCUUUCUAAUUCCAUACAAAUAGUUUUUAAAGUUUAUAAUCUGACAUUACCCCCAGCACCAUUUAUAAAGAGCAACUUUGCAGCAGUACAUUUGAAGCACUUUUUAACAAUGUGAAUCUACAAAUAUAAACCAUAUUUAAAAGUUCAUCAUGUUAAAUUUUUUAUGUACUUUUUUGGAACUAGUUUUUAAAUUUUAGAUUACAUGUCUGCCUCUCUUGUGUGUACAGUUAAUAAUUAGCUUAUCAAUGAUUGCAUGAUGCCUUACAAUUUUCAAUAAUACUUUUUCUUAUGCAAACGUCAUGCAAUAAACAAACUCUAAUGUUUGGCCUCCUUGUUGGGCAGAUGUUUCA